AUGGAGGACUCUAACACCAGCACUCAGCCGCACGCCUACGGCGGGCGCCGUCCGUUCUGGAACGAGACGCUAGCUCCGGUUCAAUGUUCCUCCCACCGCACGAAGCGCGCCCUCGACGAUCGCGACGUCGGCGAGGUACCCAUCGUGCCCCUCGCCGACGUCCCCACCGGCUCCGCCGCGUGCGACCCUGGUGGGCCUGGUCCAUACCCGCCGCAGCUCGCGUCCGCGCGGAAUGCCCAACGCGUCGUACGCACUGCCUGGACCACGUCGUCGCGCUACAAGAGUCCCCGGCCAGAUCCGAUGAGCCCGUCCUCACCUCUCCCGUUCAGCACACGAUCGAUGACAAUGGCGUCUCCCUCCGCCGCCGCUGAUUCGCUGGUGCACGUCGCGUUCAACAGCAAGGCCACCCACUUCGUUGCGGCCACGGCCACUGGCAUCCGCGUCUUCUCCUGCAGCCCCUUGGAGCACGUGUUCAGCAAGAGCAGCUUUGCCUCCCCGGACAGCUCCGGCUCCGCCGGCGAGGUGACCUCCGCCGACGUAAUCCUCUCGGGGCAUCUCGUGGCCGUCGUAUUCAGGGAGUCGGCCGACGCCGCCGACAGCUCCGGCCGAAGUGACAAGAUCAGGUACUGGAGCGAGUUGUACCGCCAGAUGAUGAGCGAGGACAUGGGCCCCUCUUGCCGCGGCGUCGUGCGCGCCGUCCGCCAUGUCGGGAGCCAUGUCCUCGUCGCUGGCGAGGACAAGGUGACGGUCCACGAGAUGUCAAGAUGCGGGGUGAAGCGAACCAAUGGGUUUGACACGGGCCCGAACCCGCUGGGGCUGUGCGCGCUGGCGCAGGUGGACCGCGGCGCCCAGGCAUUCGUGCUCGCCUGCCCGCUGCCGGCCAAGGGCGAGGUGCAGGUCCGGCGGCCCAGGGGCUGCCGCGUCGACGUGCCCGCGCACAACUCGAGCAUCGCGUGCGUCGCGCUGUCCCGUGACGGUCGGCUGCUCGCCACCGCCGGCUCCAAGGGCACGCUCCUGCGCAUCUUCAGCACCACCGACGGCAAGAAGCUUCAGGAGCUGAGAAGGGGUGCUGACAGAGCAGACAUCCACUGCAUGGCAUUCUCUCCUGAUUCCAAGUGGCUGGCGGCCUCCAGCGACAAGGGGACAAUUCACGUCUUCAGCGUCAAAGUGGAUUUAACAUCCUGGACACCGGAGGACGGCGAUAAUCCUGACGGCCCCAACACAGCGUCUGCUGCAAAUUCCAACCAGGGAUGGUCUCGCUCUUUCUUAAGUGGUUUCGUUCAGGUCCCGAGAUAUUUCAAGCAAGAUUGCUCGCUGGCAAAGUUCCGUCUACGUGAAGGAGUUAAGUACUUGGUGGCGUUCAGCCAUGAACCGCAUACCGUCCUCAUCAUCGGCAUGGAUGGAAGCUUCUACCGAUGCAAGUUUGACCCGGUGAAAGCAGGCGACAUGAAACAAUUGGAGUACAGGAAUUUUAUGAAGAUGAAAUGA